AUGGUAUCAUCUGACUUGGGCGAUUCUGGUCCAGAAGAAGGCAGAGGGUCCAAUUCAAAACAAAGAAAGACAAAAGGACCUACCUUAUAUGAAAUUUUGGGUAUUACAAAGAAUGCGUCGGAUGAUGAUAUCAAGCGCGCGUAUAGGAAACUAGCCUUGAGGUACCAUCCUGACAAAAAUUUGGAGAAUGAUCCGGAGAAAACUGAACGCUUUAAAGAAAUCAAUCAUGCACAUGCUGUACUUUCGGUACCAACAAGACGUAAAGUAUAUGAUGAAUAUGGAGAUAUGGGUCUGAAGUUGAUGGAACAGUUUGGUGAUGACGGUGCUGUGAUCGGUUUAGCUUUCAAGCCCUGGUUCAAGGUGCUAAGUUUCAUUUUCAUAUCUGAUUAUGUUGUUGUUGUUGUAUACCUGAAACAUGAGUUUAUUUCAUACCAGCAGUACGAGUACGACACUCAUCGAGAAGUCGUAAUUAGAAACUUAAAGCCUGGAUGUUCAUUAUCUGUGGACUUUCGACGUGUUGCUAUUUCUUUUUUUGUUGCGGCUGCAUGUUUUGCUGCAAUUGUUGUUGCAACUUCUGCUGUGGCAAAUAUAAAUCAAAAAGAUUUGAUGAGGUCUGCUAUUGAAGAAGAUAUCGAAAAAAGUGAUGUAGAACAGGAAGCAGAUGGAAAUGCCUCAGUGAUUGUUGAUCAGCCAGAAGAAUCGAAUAUAUUGCCGAAAAGUACGAAAAGCAAUGAAAAUCUAGGAAGUGCUGAAAACUCAAAUGAAAAGUUACGUAAUCACCUUACAACAUAUCCAGUCAAUCGUACAACUGGUGAAGCUGGUCCUGAUAAUUAA